AUGGUCUUCCAGGUGCAAGUUCAGGAUUUGAGGCACUCUCUAUCACAUUUGAUUAUUAGAGAGUUCAACUUGAACGACAGACAUGAUCUCCUACUGCGAUCGGGCUUAGAGAGCAUGGGGAGUGUUUUUGGCUUCGACCCGCCUGAGGACAAUAAUUCGCGAUUCAGGACUCAACAACACGUCGAGUGCAGCUACGUGAAGAUUACCCAUUCCAUGUGA